CCUUUUGAUCAAUGAAGCUUCUUGAGGGAAAAAAAUACAAAGAAUGUGCAGUUGCUGCCUCUAUGCAACAAAUCCAGUGGACUAGACUUAAGGCUAAUAAUCUUUCAAUUGUAACUAGGCUAAUCAACCAAUGAUUCCUGCAUGAUGCAUCAUCCUGGAGAAGUAGAAAUGAGGAGUAUAAAAUAUGACCGGGGGCAUCUUUGAAGAGAGAAUGAUGAGUUGCUUCGGCUGUUGCAAGGAUGAUGAUAUUCAUAAAGCAUCCAAAACUGGACCAUUUCUGCCAAACCACACAUCAACUGUUUCGUAUGCAGACAAUACUGCUGCUAAUCGCGUGAAGGAGCCUGUAUCAAAUAAUGUGCAGACUGUAAACAUUCAACCUAUAGCUGUCCCUGCCAUUUCAAUGGAUGAACUCAAGGAAAUGACUGGUUAUUUUACUGCUGGUGCUGUAAUUGGCGAGGGUUCUUCUGGAAGAGUUUACUAUGCUGUUCUGAAAAGUGGUCAAGCAACAGCUAUCAAAAAGCUGGAUUCAAGCAAGCAAUCAGACCAAGAAUUUCUAGCGCAGGUCUCUAUGGUCUCAAGAUUAAAACAUGCACAUGUUCUUGAGCUGGUUGGUUACUGCGUUGAUGGCCCUCUCCGUGUCCUUGCAUAUGAACAUGCUUCUCAAGGAUCCCUUCAUGAUAUUCUACAUGGAAAGAAAGGUGCUAAAGGAACAGAGCCAGGUCCUACUCUAUCAUGGGCACAAAGAGUGAAAAUUGCAGUUGGAGCAGCAAGAGGAUUGGAAUAUCUCCAUGAAAAGGCAGAGCGUCAUAUUAUCCACAACCUUGACAUUAAAUCAAGCAAUGUGCUAAUUUUUGAUGAUGAUGUUGCUAAGAUUGCUGAUUUCGAUUUGUCAAAUCAAGCCCCUGACAUGGCUGCACGUCUUUAUUCCACUCGUGUUCUUGGAAACUUCGGUUAUCAUGCUCCAGAGUAUACAAUGACUGGACAGCUUAGUUCAAAGAGUAAUAUUUACAGCUUUGGUGUCAUCCUGCUGGAACUCUUAACUGGCCGUAAACCUGUAGAUCAUACACUACCACGAGGACAGCAGAGCCUUGUGACAUGGGCCACACCGAAGCUGAGUGAAGAUAAGGUGAAGCUAUGCAUUGAUCCUAAAUUAGAUGGGAAAUUCCAUCCUAGAGCAGCUGCUAAGUUUUCUGCUGUUGCUGCCUUAUGUGUGCAAUACGAAGCUGAUUUUCGACCAAAUAUGAGCAUAGUAGUGACAGCUCUUCAGCCUCUUCUGAAAUAUCAAUCUGUUUCCGACCCAGUGAAACACUAAGCGUUUUGAAUUCGCCUUGACCUCAAAAUCUUCUUUUAUGUUGUUGGUAAAUGCACUGUGGAACUCCUGUACUGUGUAAUCGAUAGCGUUUACUCCAUCUUUUACUGGACUUUGCUUCAUAGACAUGCAACCAAUAUUGUAAUCCUGUAGCCUUCCACUAUCACCUUUUCUUUUCAGUACUUGUUCAAUAUUGUACAGGUAUUGAA